AUGACGACGGCAAAUGCAUUAAUACAACGAAAAGUUCGUGAAUAUGAAACAUUUCUCAAUGAUCGUCUUCGUGCAGAUUUACAACGUGCUUGGUCAGAACGAGAUCGUCUUUUUUCUGAUAUAGCUGAAUAUGAACGUUUACGUGUUACAUUAAAUACACUUGAUGAAUUACAUAAAAAUCGAAAACCAGCUGAUAUUGAUGAUCCAUUACAAACACAGAUUGAUCUUGGCUGUUCAUUUUUUGUUCAAGCUGAAUGUCUAGUAAAUAAUCGAAUAUGUAUUUCAAUUGGUUUUGGACUAUUCUGUGAAUUAACCUAUGAUGAAGGAAGAAUUUUUAUUGAUAAAAAAUUACCAUAUUUACGUGAACAAGAAGUUGAAUUAUCAAAUAAAAUUGCACAUAUUAAAGCUAACAUUAAAUUAGUAUUAGAAGCAUUAAAAGAAAUACAAACUAUUGAUGAUAAAAAAACCAAUACAACUUGA